AUGGAAAAGAAACUUCAUGCAAAAGAUGAAGUCAUUGAAGCAAAAGACAAAAGCCUUCAGAAAAGAAUACCACGUUCGGUACCAAAAGGAAAGGAAAAGAACUAUAAGUAUAUGAUUUAUACUGAAGAGAUGGAAAAUGAAGAAGACAGAGAUAUGGUUAUGUUGCAUUUAGUCAGAAGAAACAACAAAAGCUUUUACGACCUUGCUAAGAUUUACAAAUCUGACAGAAAUUGGUUCUAUCGCGAAAACUUACCGAUUUCAAUGACCCCAAAUGAAGAUGUGAAACAAAUAGUUCAAGAUACGUUACCUCAAACACACUAUGAUAUUAAAGGUUGUACAAUACUUACCUUCAAAGAAGAUUUGCCAUUGUUAAAGGAAAAAAUAACAGAGUAUUUUGACAACUUCAAACAAGUAGGGUAA